AUGUCUGACCUUCUUCCUAUUCAAACGUAUGUACAUCUUGCAAUAUUGACAGUGGCAGGCAUUGGUAGGCUUUCCACUAAGGAUGCUGUGCUCUUCCUGUGCGACAUGCAAGAAAAAUUCCGACCCAACAUCUUCCAAUUCACCAACAUCGUCAGCAACGCGGCUAGAUUGCUCCAGGCCAGCCGGGUUCUGGGUAUCCCUGCCAUCCUGACCGAGCAGUACCCCAAAGGUUUGGGCCCCACGGUGCCCGAGCUGGGGGCUGAGGGACUUACAGCUCACCCUAAAACAUCCUUCACGAUGAUGAUAGAGGAGGUGGAGAAGGAAAUGCAAGCUCUGGGGAACCCCAAGCAGGCCAUCUUGUGUGGCAUUGAAGCGCACGCUUGUAUUGCGUGUACGACAUUUGACUUACUGGAAAAGGGAAUCGAAGUCCACAUUGUGUCCGAUGCAGUUUCAUCGCGAAGUCAGACGGACCGCUUGUUUGCCUUGUCCCGCCUGAAGCAGAGCGGUGCCUUCCUCACCACCACCGAAGCCGUCCUGCUGCAGCUUGUCCAAGGUGCCAAGCACCCCAACUUCAAGGAGAUUCAGCAACUCAUGAUGCAGCCGUCCCCUGACACCGGCCUCCUCGCCUACUUCAGCGCGCUGUAA